AUGGACACCCAUAAUAGAUACCAAUCCGGAGGACGAGGAGGAGGAGGAUACGAGUAUCGUUGUAGGAGUAACGAAUACAUAAGCGAUACGGAUUUAUACGGCGGUGAUGGCGGUAGACAUAAAACGUCAUCAUCAAACGUCAUCAUUCGGCCACAAAAUGUCGGAUAUUCCGAUGAUCAAUUUAGCUUUCAAAGACAUCAUAGGUUUUAUUCGAGCGUACCUAGAAAUUACGACAGAAGAAAACAGGAAUAUAGACGUGAAAUAUGUUACGGUGAUGGAAAUUUAUCGUCGUACGAUGAGGUGAAAGAAAAUAAUUUUAAAUCUUCAUUACCACCAUCAUUCACAACGCAACAACCGGACUACAAACAAAAGAAUGAUAAACGUUUACAAAUGUACGAAAGAACAACGAAUGAAAACGACGAAGAUGUAGUAACAACAACAACAACAACAACCGGAAAUAAUCGUCUAGAUAAUAAUAAUGACGGUAUUAAAAAACAAUCUAAAAAUGUUAUUAUAACAAACACCACAUACGGAGCUUAUCAGGGUUGUUAUGACGAUGGAGGAUUUCAAAAUUGUCGUACCACGACUACAACAACCACAACCGACAAUGUUCCAAACGUUGUUGUUAAUAUAAACGCAACCGGAAACGGUGUCAACACCGUUCUUAGGUAA